ACAAAGUAGUCCCAGCUCGUUGAUUAUUAUACUUCAUAAUUAUUUCUAAGCACAACACAAAUCCUUGUGCAAAAUGACGACACCUAGACUUUUCCAACUCGAAGAUAUGUUCAAGUUUAACCAUAUUGUACUCGAUCCAUUGGUGGAAGUGUACUCACUGCCGUUUCUUCUCCCCAAGAUAUUGGAAUAUCCCGAUCUGGUCCUCUCGGCAGUGGCACCUGAUGACCGCCUAAUGGGUUUCAUCCUGGGCACCCGAAUAAUGGACUCUAAAGAGACACACUUCAUUGGUGAAGGAAAAGAAAAGAUUGCUAGCCACGGACACAUUUCUGCCUUGGCCGUGGCCCAUGAGUACCGGAGAUUGGGUCUAGGCUCUGGUCUAAUGGAGAUUAUAAGGAAAUUGCUAGAUACCUUUAAAGACCCUUAUGUGGAUCUCUUUGUGCGUCAGAAGAACGUCAGUGCUAUUUGUCUUUACGAGACUCUGGGAUAUGUGAAGUAUCGCUGGUUGCCUCAGUACUAUGCCAAUGAUCAUGGCUACGAUAUGCGACUGCCUUUAUCAAGUGAUGUGGAACGAAGAUCCCUGAAUGGUAUUACGAGGAACAAGUUCUACAGCUUUGGCAAUAUGAUUUUCAAUCUUCUGAUGCUCUAUGUGGUGGGAAUAAGGCAUAUUUUCAUGGGUGACACGCAAUAAACUAAUGUUAAUAUUUCCAUUACCCUAGUUACCCAUCGCAGCUAAAAUCAUAUCGCAGACAUGAAUAAAAAUUUCAGAAAAAGUUCAUUGCA